GGCGGCUCACCUGGCGGGACAGGUAAGCCCCGCGCGGGCCCGAGAGGACGCGAUCCUGGGCGGCACCGGUGUGGAGAGACCCUCGAGGCAACGCGCCGGCGGCGGGGCGUCCCGCGACAGGUUCCUCGGGGACCACCCUCCCACUUCCGGGGUGUCUGGCUGCAGCAAACCAUGCAGUGAGCAUGCCCCGCCCAGGAGCCCCCCGCCCAUCCUCUGGGCCCCCACGCCUUGGCCCCUGGGAUCAUCCAUCAGAGCUAUGCCUGGAGACGUAUGAUGAGCCAUCCAGGCCCCCACCAAGCCGUCGGACCCGGAGGCCAGACCCCAAGGACCCUGGUCACCAUGGGCCAGAGAGCCUCACCUUCAUCUCGGGCUCUGCUGAGGCGGCGGCCGAGCCCCCCGCCUGCUGCCUGCUCUGGCGCCCCUGGGUGUGGGACUGGUGCCGUGCUGCCUUCUGCUUCCGCCGCUGCCGGGGAUGCCUCCAGCGCUGCGGAGCUUGUGUGCGGGGUGGCAGCCCCUGCUUGUCCCCUGGGGACUCCGCUGAGGGGGCCACUGAAGCCAGCUGGGCCAAGGAGCACAAUGGAGUGCCCCCCAGCCCUGACCGGGCCCCACCAAGCCGACGGGAUGGCCAGCGACUCAAGUCCACCAUGGGAAGCAGCUUCAGCUACCCUGACGUCAAGCUCAAAGGCAUCCCUGUCUACCCCUAUGGCAACGCCACCUCCCGGGCCCCAGACUCGGACUCCUGCUGCAAGGAGCACCUAGCCGAGCCCCCCACCCUGCGGCACAGCCUGCCCAGCACCCUGGCCAGCAGCCCACGCGGCUCGGAGGAGUACUACUCUUUCCAUGAGUCGGACCUGGACCUACCUGACAUUGGUAGCGGCUCCAUGUCGAGCCGGGAGAUCGACGUGCUCAUCUUCAAGAAGCUAACGGAGCUGUUCAGUGUGCACCAGAUCGAUGAGCUGGCCAAGUGCACAUCAGACACCGUGUUUCUGGAGAAGACCAGUAAAAUCUCGGACCUUAUCAGCAGCAUCACCCAGGACUACCACCUGGACGAGCAGGAUGCCGAGGGCCGCCUGGUCCGAGGCAUCAUUCGCAUCAGCACCCGGAAGAGCCGAGCCCGUCCGCAGACGGCAGAAGGGCGUUCAAGCCGAGCCACUGCACCAGCUGCUGCCGCCCCCGAUAGUGGCCACGAAACCAUGGUGGGCUCGGGGCUGAGCCAGGAUGAACUGACAGUGCAGAUCUCCCAGGAGACAACAGCAGAUGCCAUCGCCCGGAAGUUGAGGCCUUAUGGAACCCCAGGAUACCCAGCCAGCCACGACUCGUCCUUCCAGGGCACCGACACAGACUCAUCCGGGGCACCCCUGCUCCAGGUGUACUGCUGACCUCUGCUGCUCCCAGCUGCCACUCAUGAGCGGAGCGUCUUCAGAAUGAAGAGGGGACCAGGCCCUGGGCUCUGGGAGGCAGGGCCAUGAACCCAGACGCAGUGCUCACUCUGGCUCCUUCUGCCUGGCUGACUGGUUCCCAGACCACGUGCAUUUCACUGGGCCACAGUGCCCACCAUCCCACCCCAACCCCCAAAUGGCCUGACCCCUGCCUGGGCCUUCCCUUCCUGUCCAGUCUUUGGCCAGUCUGGGGCUUGGAAAGCAGUUACUCUCCGGAUUGAAUCCUCACUCCAUCCCCCAAAAACUCCUCUAACAGAUCAUGCACACUCCCCCUGCCCAGGACAGGUACAACGCGGUUCGUCUGAAUUCCGUUGGGGCGGGCAGGGCCUGAGACUCUGGGCAGUGCCCAUCCAUACCAUGUUGAGCUAUUGGUUGCUGGCUGAUGUCCUGUAUGUCACAGUUGGAAGAACAAAGGUAAACGUUUGGUCAUCUUGCGGUGACACUAUCCGUUCGUCCCAUUUGUCUGAGUCCUACCCGAAUAGGGGGCACAGAAGAGCGUCUGGCUUCUGUGGUGUUCAGUCACGGGAGACGGGGAGCAAUGCUGCCCUCUCAGAUUCAUGUUUAUGAACUUAUGUUCCAGGACGUACAUGUCUGUCUGUACCUGAGAGUCUGAACGAGUGGUCAUGGUUGACAAGCUUCUUCCAGGCAGGCCUCCCUGGGUUCCCCAGCCUGCCCCCACCCACUGCCAAAAGGCCAGCCUGCAUUUGUCAGCCCUCCGCAGUGCUGAAGGAGACCCACGGCCUUUCCAACACCCUGGAGGCGCCAUCUCUCCCCAGGAGGUGCAGUGGGUCCUACAGCGAGGACUUCUGGGGCCUGGAAAGUGGCCUCUGAAAUGUUUUUGUCCCCAUACUGGAAAGUUGAUCUGCUUGGGAGAGAAUGAGGGUCCCAGCAGAGCCCGCAGAAGACCCCACAUUCCCCCCCAGAGGGGUCCCUGAGACCUUCAGCAGUAAGGGCAAGCCUCUAAGUCCAUGAUGAACAGACCCAGCAUCUCCUGACCAGGGCCUUUUCAUUUGUCCCGUGAACACCCUUAGAAAGAAACUUGUCUGUCCCGCUUCCUACCAGAGAACAGAACAAGAUGGUGUGGGCUCUGAACACAGGAACAAGUUCCAGUACAAAAACUGGCCCUGCUGUCUGAGCUGGGCCAAGGCCUCGCCAAGACUGA